GAAGAUUCGUCUCAAUAGGGCUGUAGAAUGCCUCUGAAGUCUUUCUCUUUUCCAUUGCCUGAAACACGUCUCUUUCAUACAACAAAGUAUGUGUACAAGUUCAAACUUCGCUAUGGCACACAUUUUAAUACACAGGUUGAAGGUAACAGUGAACACAUUUCAGAAGAAAUAGAGGCUUCAAUUCGAGCUGUUCUUGCCAACCACGAAUAUUUGAAACCGUUCUCUACAAGGAGUUUUAUCAUUUUUCCCUAUAAAAGCAAAUGGGACAGUGCUUCUCGACUGAGAUUUAAACAUGGGAAUAGACCUCUUCUCCCUUUUCCUGAUGUGUUUACAUUAUACAUAGAGCCAAAAUCUUUACUACAUGAUCCCAGCUAUCCCAGCUUUGAAACAUUUAAGAAAACUAAUGAUAAGAGUGAAGAUCAAAAUAUAUUGUAUGGUACGAAGAGCAGAAAAUUAGGUGGAAUUGUCCAGACCUUAUCCAACCAACCAGUGCAAGAGGCUCAGAAUUCCAUCCAAUCUCCUGAUACUCAUAAGGGAGGAAUUUUAUCUUUUAUAGCAAGCCUUAUACCCUUUCAUUUUCUGUUCGGGGGAAGGAGCUCCACUUAAUUACCUGGCUUACUCUUGCUAUAAUAUGC